GCGUCACUGAAAUUAGAUGGGAAUAAAUACAGACGUUGUAUCCUCCUUCAGCCUAAGAGAAUUCUCACCAUUCAAACACUUCAGCAACGGUCUUGGACAAGCACCAACAAAGACACCCUCGCCUUGUGCCCAGUGCUCUUUACAAAUCACUUCAGGUCAACAACAAUCUCAAUCAACCUACCUCAACCUCAAAACCACAUCAACAUGCGUUUCUCCACCAUCCUCGCUGGGUUCGCCGCCCUUACAGCAACCUCAGCAGCUCCUAUGCCAGGCAGCUUCCUCCCCUUCGGCAACCUCCCCUCCCAAUCAAGCACAGGCGAAAGCAUACUCUCCAGUCUAGACACCCUCCUAACCUCUAUCCAAUCGCUCACCACAACCCUCAACGGCCUCGACUACACCACCGGCAACGCCCUCAGCAUCGCCAACCUCCUCAAAGCCCCCCAGGUCCUCCUCAACACCAUUGGCCUCAACUCGGCCUCUUCAUCCACCCUACUCGACGUCAAGGCCCUGACUCUAUCUCUCAACUCAUCCGACUCGUCCGCCAUCGUGAGCAAGCUCACAAACGACAUCCAGCCCGCGCUCAAGACGGUCACAGAUCUGCUGACCAAGGCAAAGACGUCCGGCAUCGUCGCGCCGCUUACGCCGCUUGGUCAGACUGAUUACCUCAAGCUGAUCUCGACGAACCUCUCUGGUCUCGGGGGUGCUCUGACGCCUUAUAUCGAUUCUUCCUCGCAGGCUGGUUUGACCGGUAUUACUGCUACCCUCAGCAACCUCUUGAAAGCCACCGUCAAUGUCUAUACUACCUGAGCUGGUUCGACACGGGGAAGGCAACGGCUGGUGUGUAAGAGAUAUACAUGAACGUUGGAGGUCAUGGAUAAUGAUUGGACACGGCUGGGAAAAAUGAGAUUGAACCAUGUAGGACUUAGCCAGCAUCUUUAGUAUUGUUUUCUUGUCCUUCGACUAUCUUAAUGACCGGGUUUCCAGUUCUUCCGGUACACCUUUUUAAUUCAAUCAUGUUCGCUUCACCUCUGAGUACCAUCUUCUAGACCCCGGAGUCACAUGUGUAACAUGCAUGUACAUGUAUCAGGAAAAACGAUGCAUUCUACGGGUCUCUUUCCUACACAUUCCUCCUUCUGUUAUUGUUAUUAAGUCUUGUGUUGUACUUGCAAGCCAAUGUGUCU